AUUUUAAGGCGACAAAUGUCUUCACAGUUAUCCGAGUGUUUCUGACUUUGUCUUUUCUCCUGAGCAGAGAUCGUAUUCUCCACUAAGCUUAACAGGUGAUGGACAGAAUCAGUGGACUAUCCGACGAGUUACUGGCCAGGAUACUAACCUUUGUUCCGACAAAAGUUGCUGUCUCCACCAGCAUUUUAUCUAAACGAUGGGAGUUUCUUUGGACGUGGGUGCCUAAACUGGAGUUCGUGGAUAACAAGUACGAAUCAUACCUUGCAAUUAAGGAUUUCAUCAACAAGAAUCUGCCGUUACUCAAAGCUCCCGUCAUAGAGAGCUUCCUCCUCAAAUGUUGUUCAUCAUUUUUUCAACCUGAGGAUAUCACUCAGUGGGUUGCAACUACGGUUUCUCGCCGCAUCGUUGAGCUAGAUAUCGACUGUGUAUACUGUUGGUCGGGAGAUCCUUGUUUGUUAUUGCCGAGCAGCUUGUUUACCUGCGAAUCUCUAGUGACUUUGAAACUCAACGGCGAGAUGAUUCUGUUGGAUGUUCCUCGGACUAUCUCUCUACCUUCGUUGAAAACUCUGCAUCUUGGAUGUGUUACUUACUCAAAAGAAGAUACUUUCCGACUGCUUUUGUCCUACUGCCCUGUUCUUGAAGAUCUGGUUAUUAGACGAAGUGGGCAUGACAAUGCGAAAGCGAUAGUUGUUAUCAGCCCUUCCUUGCAGAGGCUAACCUUACCGUUAGAUGGUGGAACUUCUUCGUCUGAUGAGUUUGUUAUAGUAACCCCUUCUCUGAAGUAUUUCAAUGUUGAGGAUUACAAUGGGAGGCACUCUUACUUUGUCGCUCAUAUGCGUAAGGUUGAAGAGGCAGAUAUCACUGUUGAUGAAUAUCUUGAGAUGGUCUUUGAAUCGAUCACAUCUGUCAAACGCCUUUCGCUUUGCGUCUUGUUCGACUUUGAGGAAAGGUAUAUGUAUCAUGAUGGUAUAUUCUUUAGUCAGCUUGAACAUCUGAAGUUAGGUGUAAGCUUUGAUUAUUGGUCCAAGUUUCUUUUUCGGUUGCUCCGGGAUGCUCCUAAGCUGCGAGUCCUCAAACUCUACGUCUAUAGUGGUGGACGUUUCAAGAAGUAUGAGCCGAUUAGCUGGAACAAUGACCCCAGUGCUGUUCCUACAUGUGUGCUGGAGAGCCUUGAAACUUUCGAGUUUGCAGACUACAGGGGAAUGCAAGAAGAGAGAGACUUCGUGAGUUUUAUCAUCAAAAAUGCUUGUCACUUGAAGUCCUCAACAAUCACGCCUUGUACCAGAAUGGAAACUUGUUCCUCAACAGAUAGUUCUGAUGAUUAAGGUGAUUAUGAAUUUGUUAGGCUUGUUUUGUUUUGUUGUCCAAGAACAGUUAGGAGCUUAUAUCAUGUGUUGAUUCUACACUACUGUCUUUUUUUUGGAACACAUUUCUACACUACUGUCUUUUUUUUUAAAUGUUUUUCAAGUGUUAUUAUUUUCGGUUUGGUUA